CCUGUGCAGGUUGUGUUGCGACUCUGCGUGACAAGGUUUCUGUUAAACAAAUACUCGCUCUUUUUUUUCCAAAGUUUUUUUUAGUGACACUGAGUUCUGCUCCUAUUUGACUGUUUGCAUUCACCUGUAAUGAAGUUGGAGCGGCUCGCAGGAACAGCCUCACCGUCCACUCGUGGACCAGUCGGGAUUUUUAGUUUAAAAACCCCGCAGAGGAGCUGAAGAAAAGCGAGAACAACUCCUGCAUCUGCCUGCCUGCUGAGGAGCGUUUCUGGACUUUAAGCGGACACACAUUAUGAAUUCUUAACAUGACAUUUUAAACAACCAAGAAGGGAGACUGACUGUUGCAUUUCGGGCUACAGAUGGAGGCGAUCAGGACACGGACUGAGCUUCUGCUUCUUCUUCUUAUCGUGGCAUGCGUUCAGGGGGCCUUUGUGGAGCCUCUUCAGCCCAACACCGACCUUCUUUCCUUCAGUGACACUCCGACCAGACUCCCCUGCCAUUACCAGGUAGCGCAGGAUCAGAGCGUGGUGCAGGUCACCUGGAACAAGGAGCUCCCAGGUGGCAGCGAGGACCCUGUCAUCAUGGCCCACUUUACUGAGGGAAAUAGAGAGUUUGGGCGUUACUCUGGCCGUUUGAAGUUUGAGAGCUUCACCCCGAUCACUGAGAACUCGGCUCUUCUCAUCCCCGCCACGCAGGAGUCUGACGAAGGCAUCUACAGGUGCCACAUCACCACCUUCCCAAACGGAAACUUCGAAAGACGCAUAAAGCUUACCGUCUGGACUUUACCCAUCUCCUCCUUGGAACCUGUAAAUCUGGUGGAAGGCCAGCCGUACGGCGUGGUCGCCUCCUGCCGUGCUGUGGGUCACCCCAUCCCCCGGCUGUCCUGGGACACCGACCUGCCUGGCCACUCCCAGAACCGCACCAACGAAGGUGGUGCCGUGUCCAGCCACUACUCGCUCCAUCCGCUGCGCAGCAUGAAUGGGAAGAAGCUGGACUGCUUGGUGCGGCAUCCUGGCUUGCAGGAGCCCCGCAGGAUCUCCAACAACCUGGUGGUCCAGUAUCCCCCAGAUCCGAUCAUCUCCAGUCCUACCACUCACUGGUAUGUUGGUCUGAAGGAGGCUGAGCUGGUGUGUGAAAGCAGGGGAUACCCCAAACCUCAGGACGUCACCUGGACAUGGAGGGGAGGAGUUCUGCCGGAAGGGGUGUCCGUGGCUGGAGAGAAACUGUUUUUCAGACGGGCCCUCCAGGUGAAUGACAGUGGGACCUAUGAGUGUAUGGUCAGGAACGCUGUGGGGUCUGGAAAAACAGAGUAUGCAUUGACAAUAUCAGAGAAAUAUCCAAAAAACCAAGAAUCGCCUGCGCUAGGUGACAACCUGCUGCUGAUCAUUAUCGGUGCUACAGCCGGAGCUGUGGUUCUGUUGCUGAUCAUCGUGUUCCUGAUCGUCAGACGCCGUCAUCAAAGCAAAACCAAAAAGCUGAAGAUGGAGCUCCAGGAAACAAAGGAUGAAAUGAACUCGCUCUCAAGACAAGCCUCCUUCAGGAGACUAAACUCUUCCAGCUCAGUUUCCCGAAUGCAGCCUGAUGAUUACGCCAUGCUCAGAGUAGACAGCCGCACUAAAUACAGCCAAAUGUCUCUGGAGCCCCCCAAUUACAGGGGCAGCCAGUCCACUAUAGGCGGGAGGUGGGGGCCAUCAGAAGAGGUGAUGCGGGAUGAACACGGGCGUCCCAUCGUCUGGAGUGAUGACAGAGAGAGCCUGAGAGCCGCUGAGAUUAACAGAGAGGAGGAGGAGUGCAGAAAAAUGGUGGAGACGUACGUGAGGAGAAGCAACAUGUCGCUGGAUUCAGGCCUUCCUUUAUCACUGGUUCCCCCGAAAGCCCAGCAGGACGAUAGCAACAGGCAUAAAGAGCCUGACCUGGGCCACCUGCAGGAAGACAACUCUCCCCCAGGUGAUGACUCGAUUGGUGAAUCAUCUACAAUGGACGGGCAAGUUGAUGACGAUGAAGACAGUUCCCAACAGCUUUCGAAGACUCUCCGCAAAAUGUUUUAUGCCAGAAAUGGGAUCCUCAGACCCAUUGAGAAUCCCAAUGCCAUUCUGCUGCACAACCACAAAUAUCACAAACCACAAAUGAUCUAAACCUCAGACUUUUUCAUUAUUUGGAAAUGAGGAAAGACUUUUAUUUUGAAAAUACUAUUUAACUUGUAUAGAACAAAACACCAAAAAAGGACAACUUUAUCUGUGUUUGUUUGUUUUUUUUUAACUCCUAAGCUUCUAUUCUUACUCUAUAUACCAGGAACCUUUUAAAUAUUUGGGCGUAUUUUUAUGCUGUUGUCUGUUUGCUAAAAUAUGGCUCCCUGUCCAGGGUACCAUUCUGUCAUGGGGCAGCACCAACACUCCAAACAGAGAAGAAGAGAGAAAAUAAAUUGUUCUGUCAGUUGCACCUCAACAAGUUUUCUAUAAAUACAAAAACUGAGCAUUGCUUGGAAUGAUGUACCCGUUAAUUGAUUGGAAAACGGUUGGAUGGUUCCAACCAGCUGGUCACUGGUCAGAGCCAAUCAAGCCAAAAAUCGAUAAGCACUUAGAAUAAACACUAAUUGUAAGUUUUUAUAUUAUUUUUUUGCUCAAGUUUGUGUAUCAAAAUCAAGAUGUGAUCAAAUUGUAUAAAUGUCAUUAAUGCUAUAACUGUAAUAGUCAUAGCAUUUUAUAAUUUUAGCAGCAGUAGGAAUAUUUGUUGCUUUUCUGUUUUAAACUAAAGGAAUAAGAUAAUUUUCGUGUAAAUACUGAGAUAUAAGAAUCUCACACUUGCCCUAGCAUAUCCAGACGUUUACUAUAUUUACACCUAACAUAAACUAUAGCUUUUAUUGUAUAUAUUUCGCCAAAUUGUUUGUACAUUAUUUUUUUUUAUGGGUCAAACCGAUUUUUGCAGCUCUAGACAAAUGUUACUCAUUGAAAUGAGUAAAAUCAGAUUUUUGUACCGGAUGCAUUUUCCCCUGCAGAAUAAAAGCAGUGUUACUCACUUUAACAUCAGUGGUCAUAAUGCAAUGGCUCAUAGGUGUGUUAUAUGUGAAACAUCAACAGCUACCUGGAACCAAAGGGUAAAAGGAGGAACUGAUGAAAAUGCACAACUGGAGGAAAAUAUUUCGCCUGUGGAUUGUUUUAGGACAAAGUUGGACAACAUGGCCGACUGUAAAUCAUUUCCGAUGAGCAGCUGGACAUUUUAUGUUCAAUGAAGAAGCUCUGAUGAAUACACUGAAAAUUGUAUAUGUGUCUUAAUGUGAAACUGAGGAAAAUGUAAAUGAUUAAAGUUUUGUUCUUAAAAUUA